GCGUAACCGGAAGUCAAACAUCAAUGGCAUCACACUCGGAAAGUUGAAAAAGUACAACCGUUUUUACCUGUCCAUCAAGGAAAUUCAAGCUUAAAAGAAGAGGAGGAUAAUCUACACAGUGACCAAGAUGGAACCUGGAUCUGCUGAACCAACAAAAAUAGCAGUGUCAGAUAAUCAGAACAAGAAAGGGGAGACAAUUGAUGUAGCAGUUGCUGAACAAGACGAUAAAGAAGCCACAACUCCUGUAAAGGCAGGCCAGAAUACAGCAGAGUUCCAACAAGUUUCAGAAUCCCCAACCACUGUCAUUGCAAUUAUUGGAGAGGAUGAGGAUGGCGAGGCCAUCGAUAUGUCUGACAUCCGAGUCCUCGAAGAUUUGGACACCGAAAAUAAAUCUCCAGAAAAGGAAGAAAUUGUACCUGAUCAGACAGAAAAUUUGGAGGAUGACGAGGAUGGAGACAACAAAGAUUCUCGGGUGAAAAAAAAGAAGUCUUACGAGUUUUUCUACCCAGACAUGGUGUCAACUUUGGAACUAGCUCUCCGUGGCUUACCAGGAAUGGCUAACUGUCAAAAGUCCAAAGUAAUUGUUCCACAAAAGGAUUCCCCAUCUAAGGGACCUUCACAGACGGGAUCCCCACCAAAGAGGCCAACUCUAAUAAGAGACUUUGCAAAAGAAGCUAAGAAAGCAUUGAAAAAGUCUGGGAAUAUUGUUGACGUUAGAGCGACUCGUAAAUCAACACGCAAUUCAGGAAACCUCCCAAAACCUGUCUACUGUUCUGGAAAUGUUGCUACAGCGCAGACGGUCGGCCCAAAAAAGGUGGACCAACCGAAAGUAGUACUGGGAAAGAAACAGGGAAAAGAAUCCAAAGAGGCUAAACUUGAAACUCCAUCGGAGCCGGUAGCUAAGAAAACCAGAAACACACCAAAGACAACUGGAAAGAAAUCUAAAGUGAUGCCUCAGGCUGUUGCUAAGCAACCAAAGGUCACACCCCAGGCUGUUGCUAAGCAACCAAAGGUCACACCUCAGGCUGUUGCUAAGCAACAAAAGGUCACACCUCAGGCUGUUGCUAAGCAACCAAAGGUCACACCUCAGGCUGUUGCUAAGCAACCAAAGGUCACACCUCAGGCUGUUACUACUCAACCAAAGGUCACACCCCAAGCUGUUACUACUCAACCAAAGGUCACACCCCAAGCUGUUACUACUCAACCAAAGGGCAUGCCUCAGGCUGCUGUUAAGCGACCAACAUUCACAUUUGCAUUGGAGCCAAAACCAGCCAAUCAAACUAAACCAAAUGUCACAUUUGGUCCAAUGAAACCCUGCGGCCCAGAGACAUAUGUGGUUGCCCCUGGGGGCAGCCAUAUGGAAAUUAAGUACCCUCUACCUUCUAACUCGGUAUUCCGCCAAUCUGCCCCCCGUAUGCGGGAGUGGAGGAAAAAAGGUACGGUACGAACAACUAAGUCGAAGGCAUCAUCAAGGUUGAUUAUAGACAAUCAGAAAGAGAUACCGACAAUGAUUAUGAAGAUGAGGGUCUCCGAUACCUCGGAUAUAAUCACUACACUUGAUCUGGCUCCGCCCACAAAAAAACUGAUGAAAUUUAAGGAGACAGAGGCCAGUAAAGUCUUCACUGUACCCGGUCGUAACCUCACGCCUCGAUUGGCGUGGCCGCUAUUUUACCCAAACCUGUUGACAAAACCCAGGGGAGAUGACUCUGAUGAUGACGACGAUGUUAUGGGUGAUGAUGUACCUGCUGAGGACGAAAAUCUUGACGGUCAGAAGAAAUUUACAAUCAUUCGCAGUGAACCCUUAAACAUGUCUGACGGGGAAGACAAUAUUCACUAUACGAAUGUUCUAUCAGACGAAGACGACGACAUUGCUGAACCUAUCUAUGCAGAACCACAGACCAGCCUAACUGACGAAGAGAAUAAAGUUGACGACAGCAGUGUAGGGAAAGUUUCCGAGGAUACCAGUGUAGACACACCUCCAGUUAUAAAACCGGAGGGGACGACUGAUAAAAACCAGCCGAAUUCUGACUCUGUACAGAACCCUUCACCAGACCAGGUACAACCAGUUAAACCAGAGACCGUUACUUCACAAACCGUUCCCACAUCAGAAGAAACACCACUUGUCGUACAAGGGGAUAUUACUACAGUUACAGUUCCGCCACAACCCGUAACAAAUAGUUCAGUUAGCAAUACGGCCGCGGAAAACAUCAGAAUGGACACAUCAGUUGUAGACAUUUCACUGACAUCUGUUAAUUCCGGUCAGACAAUGACAGAUUCAGCCAUCGUGAACCAGGCGUCCAGCAUCAGUAGCAAUGCAGAAUCAACAGAGGAAGGUUGUGUCAUUGUGUCCGUGGUUACCGAAAUAUCAGAACCGUACGUUGAGCAAGAGGGAGAAAUCAUGCUUCAAACAGACUCCGCAAAUAACUCGAGUGGGGACCAAUACAUACUUUAUGUAGAGAAAUGAUAUAGAAAUGGCAUGUUAUAUAUAUAAUUAGUGACUCCAUUAUUGUGCCCUCAUACCUGUGCUCCCCUUGGGUAAGGUGUGAGCUUUAGGUGAAAGGGUAAUUCCAACAGUUAUUGCUUACAGAUGUUUAUCAGACCACGAAUUUGGAUUUCUUUAAACUACUACUCCCAAAAUUUUAAGGAAAUGUUUUAAAAGGUUUUAAAAGAAUGUGAACCAGUCAUUCUAUAAAUGUUUUUUCAUUCCUGUUGUGUGUAUUGAGGUGUAAGGUACAAAGGAAUGUUAUUUACAUUUAUAAAUAUAUCAACUAGGAAUUUAAUUUAAUAAUACAUUCUAAAUCCCUACACUAGUCUGCAAAAAGCCACACCUUCAACUCUGCUAUAUAAAACCCACACACAAUAUUUUGUAUGCACAUAUAUGGUAGGCUAUGCCCCAUAUUCUGGGUAUAUCGCUACCCUGUACCAGAUUUAUAUGAUAGGCCCCGCCUCUAACUUUUAUAUGCUGUAGAACCACACCUACAGUACUAGUGUAUAUGGUAGACAAUGACUCCAUUACAUACAUAUUGUGGGUCAAAAGCCUCUUUCUCUGGUGUGUAAAAUGCCUUAUCUCUUGUCAAAUCGGCAGGCCCGUCUCCUAAAUAUUUUGGUUGUAUUUACACUAGGCCCCAAAUCCAACAACAGUAUAUAUGUGGAAGGCCACGCCUUCGUAACCCCUGGUAUAUAUGUUUGGUAACGUCUCUAACUCUGGUAUACAUGUACAUGCAUAUGUCAGCCAAGCCUCCAUCUUUAGUAUAUACAUGUGUAUACAUAUAUUUGAGGCCAUGCCUGGUACAUACCUCCAUCUCUGGUAGAUAUUUUUGGCCACAACUCUGAGUGAAUAUUAUAUAAUAUCGGUCUUAAACGAUGACGGAGGCAGAUAUCGUGAAAAAAAUUAUUUCUGCUUAUUUUGCUAGUUUUAGAUGGCCAAGAAUGUAUAUGUUGUGUAUACACAUUUAAAUUCAUACUAGUUUUGUCUAAAUAUCAUCAAAGACUAUCUUGAAAACAGCCCAUUUGAACAGCCGAAAAAAUGUUAGAGAUGACUGUAAUUACAAAGUCGUUGUCGAACCUGAUUGACAAUAAUAUGAUUUUUUGAUGAACGUAUUACAUGAUAAAUUUUUUUUUUUUUUUUGCAAUGAAAGUACACAUUAAAAAAUUGAUGCAAAACAUUUACUUGUAGCUAUAUAUAGGUACUCUGAUUAACACACCUGUUGUGGAGACUAUGAACACUAUCUACAAUUGCAUAUAAAUACAAAUGUACCAAAGCGUUUUUAUAUUUUAAUUAUGUCAUGUUGACAAAAUGGCCUUUUUUACACUCGAUAGUUUACAUUCGUUAAAAUGUUUAGUUUGGCAGGUUUGUAAACGUUAAUUUAAAUAUACAAUUUUAUCUAAAUGCAGGCCAAAUACAGUCACACAGGUAAUUAUACAUAUAAGCUUUUAAAUAUUUUUUCGUUCAUGUUUUUACAUUUUGAUUCAGUUACUUUGUCAACUUUCAGUUUUGUGUUUUUACAUGAAUGCAGUGAUGGACCCUAAACAGCUUUGGAUCAUUACUUCAUUCUAAACAUUUUUUAUUUAUUGUUUUUGUUUUUGUUUUUGUUUUUUUGUUUAUUGAUUUUUUUUGAGGAUGUUAUUUUUUUAAUUAUGAAUCGUCAGCUUAUCAAUGACAACUCGAGAUCCACUACAGAGUUAGCACAGUGAUAAUAAAAUGCUGAAAUAGCGUACUGGGAAUACAAAUCUAAUUCUAAGAAUCGGGGGAUAUUUAAGCGCCCUAUUUCAUAAAAGCUUUGUCGUAAGUGUAUUUUCUUUCCAAUACCCAGAUAACUGUCUCUGUAUAAUUAAUUUGACGUGCUACUCAAACCAAUGUAGAACUUCUACAUUAUGAUUAACUAGCGAUGAACACAAAAUCACUAUAACUGGACAAUGAUUCACACAUUUAAAUAAUGUAUUAAAGCAAAAACACCAAAUGGUUGGUUAGAUUAAGGUGAAAUUCCUUUAUCGAAAUUAUUUUGAAAUUUAGAUUUAAAUUAUAUGAAAAUGUAAGUAAACUUUCUGUAUCACCUAUACCAAACAAAACCAAAAAAUAACCAAAAAACGAGUAACUAUGAAGAAUUAAUAUAACAGCCAACUUUGACAUGUGAAUCAGUGAUGGGCGUGUAAGGACAGCGUAAACAAGUCUGUCUGUAUAUGUCAGUUUAUAGAAUAUUAGCAGUUCAAAGUAAACCAGAAAAAAAACAUUUUUACAGAGAUGCAUCAAAGUUAUAUAAAAUACUAAAGUCAUCUGUUCCUUAUUAAAUCAUGUUUUCAUAAUUACGAUACAAUAAUUACGAUCACCCUAUUUUGUGAUAACAGUCAUCUCGAUUAUAUUUUUCCAAUGGCUAAUAUGCUUAAGUUGUGAUUGUAUUUCAACAUAUCAUGUUUAGAUACUUAAGUGUAUGGCACAGAAAUAUCUUCAUAGCCAUCUAAGGGUCUGGGACAGCUCAAUCAGUUAAAGUGUCGACCACAUAAUCUUAGGUAAUGAUCCAAGGAGCAUGGUUCAAUGCACUAUACUGGUGUCAGUUGUGUUUCUCAGUAGGUCAGUCUGGGCUGUUGUGGUUGUCUCCUUGAGCAAGACGCUAUAACAUUAUGCUCUGGAAAGCAUGCAAUGGGCCUCAUAUAUGUUAUUCAGUGAGGUAGUCACCAACUACUACCAAGAGACCCCACCUCAAAAUGACUCUGGCUGUUCACGGGGCAAUAAACCCAGCAAAAAACAUUCAUAGCUUUAUAUCUAAUAGUAGCAAAAUAAGGAAAAGUUUGACUUUAACCAAUUUCUGCCUCCGUUAUUGUUGAAGACCGUAAUUUGAAGUAUGGUCAAAGACAGAGUUAGGAAAUAUGGUGUGUCUGUCACCUUGAUGAAGUUUUGUUAUUAGUCAGAAUUUUAAGUCGGGCUUUUUCUUAUGUGUUGAAGGUGCCUAAUUUUCCAGAAAUGUUUGUUUAGUAUAUAUAUAGGUAUAAAUUGUAAUGACUGGUUCAUUGAGAUUUUAAGGGAGUAUUACUUGCUGUAAAUAUCAUAUAGACAAUGUACAUUUAUGUGGAUCUUGACUAACAUUUUAAUAUACAAUUCACAGAUUUGUAUGCUCUCUUCUAGUUAUGUUUUAAUGGUAAAUAAAAUUUGUCAAGGCUACCAAGAUAAAUAUACUUUUUAUAAUGUC